GUUUGACCUCAAAGCGAGGGAAUUAUGAGAGUGAUGCUUGUCAAGGUCAAAUGUGUCAACAGAAUAACUAGAUUCUGUAUCGCAUUUAGACGGAAUUACAGCCUUCCCACAGAUUACUUUCAAAACAGCCUACCUAGUUUAAAGGUUCCACAACUUGAAAAAUCUUUGGAGAGAUAUAUAAAAUCGCAGGAAGCAAUUCUUAAUGAUUCAGAAUUACAGUACACAACAAAAGUUGUCUCUAAAUUUUCUCAAAGUAGAGGCCCUGUGUUACAGAAAUCCCUGGAGGACUUUGCUAAAUCCAAUCCUAACACAAGUUAUGUUGCAAAUAUGUGGUCUCGUAUGUACUUAUGUGACCGUCGGCCAGUGGUUUUAACUCAUAAUCCUGUUUUGUUGUUUAAGAAUACUGAAUUGGGUAAAGGCUAUGAUGAUCCUGCAAUUAGAUCGACGAAUCUUGUGUACAGUAUUCUUCGUUUCUAUAAAUUACUCUCUAAAAAUGAAUUAUCUCCACCGAUGUAUUGCCCAAAGAAAGAUUGGUCAAAGUCAUCAUUUUUUGAAAAAAUAAUCAGGUGUGUGCCACAGUCAUAUGCAUCCAAUGUUGCUCGUUGGUUUAAUGUUUAUCCACUGGAUACAAGUCAAUACAAAAAUAUGUUCUGCUCAACUCGUCUGCCUGGCAAUGAUUGUGAUCAACUAGUUAACUUUAGUCGAUCACAUCAUUUAUUGGUUAUUCACAAUGGACAUUAUUAUUACUUUGAUGUAUUAGAUGAUUGCGGUGAAAUUAUUCCCGCCAAUCUACUGUUGAGUAACCUUCAGUUUAUAUUAAAACAACUCAAGUUGACUAAUCCACCUCCACCAUCGAUUGGUGUGAUCACAGCAAUGCCACGUGAUAAAGCAUUUGUGGCACGUCAACGUUUAAUUGAUCUAGGCAAUCAAGUUUCAUUGAAUUUAAUCGACUCAGCAUUGUUUGUCUUGGCCUUAACAGAUGAAACAGCUGUCAAUCAUGUGAAUGCGUUGCCCGAAUUUCUAUCCGGUUCAUCAAAAUCCCGUUGGUUUGAUAAGAGUUUUAGUUUGUUGGUGAAUCAAUCUGGUUAUGCAGCUAUUAAUUUUGAGCAUAGUUGGGGUGAUGGGGUGACGAUUUCACGUUUAUUCACUGAUGUAUACAUCAAUUCUGAGAAGCAUCCAGUUGUAGAUCCUUCAAUGCUUAAAAAUACUGAUAGUCUACCAAAUCCAACUGUUAAACGUAUUGAAUGGAUAUUAGAUGAUGAUUUUGUACUGAAUAUUAUUCAGCCUAAUGAAUCACUGUAUAAUGCAUGGAGAGAUAAGCUAACAUUUAGUUGUGUAGACAAAAGAGAUUCAGUUAACAGGCGAUUGUGUAAAUCUGUUGGUUUAAGUCCUGACAGUAUAAUGCAAUUAUUAUUUCAGUUAGCUUAUGACGCUGUACAUAGUGAACGAGUUGCCACCUAUGAACCAUGCAGUACAUCAACUUUUAAACAUGGUCGCACUGAAACAAUUCGUUCAGCUACUGUAGAAACAAGUAAAUUUAUAGAUCUUAUGCAUAGGCAUAAGAGAUCUUUAUCCUCUUCACCUGAUACGCCUAUCGUGUCAAAUGAUAUCGUCUCUUCAGAUUUGUAUGCCUGCCUUCAAGCUUGUUCAACUAAACAUUCCAAUUGAUUAAAGAAGCUGCUGUUGGUCAAGGUUGGGAUAGACACUUGUAUGCCUUACGUCAGCUUGCCUUGAUUGAUUCACACGGUCCACUGCCUAGUCUGUUUCUUGAUCCCAGUUAUGAAAAAAUCAAUCAAUGUUUGAUUUGUACAAGUUCAUUGUCUACGCCUGGUCUUGCAAUGGGUGCAUUUGCAGCAGUCUGCCUAGAUGGCUAUGGUAUAAUGUAUCAUAUAGAGCGCUUCAAGCUUUGAAGUUCCAAUUAUGGUUUGUUUUGUUUUUUACGGGGGAGGGGAUUGCUGGCCUCAAGCUCAAUGGGUUACUCAGGGAGAUUUAAGAAUACGUUGACCAGGAAUAAAGCCUGGGUCUCCGGCGUGGUUCGCGAGGAUUCUCCCAUUCAACUACCGACGGACUUUACUUCUGUUUUAUCCGUCCUGAAUUCAGAAUUAGUUGUAGGUAAGUCUUCUGUUGCGGAGUGCUAACGGAUCUCAAACCAGCAUGAAACAGUUGUCUAAAGCUGUUUGGCUGUUAAUCAUUCUUUAACUGAUGUCAAUUCUUGAUGAGGUUUUCUUCUGCAGUCAAUCCAUUUUGUGUACACUAUCCAAAUGAAUAAAAGUGAACACUCCAAGAUUUAUACAUUUCCAAUCAUCUGUCAGUGUGUUUGUGGUGGAAUGUUUGCUAGCUGCUUACGUGGUGCAGGUUCGAUUCCCAACUGAUGCACUCCUAAACUUUGUUUAGCUUGUAGUAAACCCAGAAAAGACCAGAUGUUGAACUUGAAUCGGGCAAUCUUAUCUCGUGAAAAUGAAACACCAUCGCUACCAAAACUUCAGUGCUCAAGCUGGUAGCCUUAUUUUCCGAUCGGAAUGUGAAGGAAUCAAGAAGAAUGAAGAAUCAACUUUGCAAGUGCAUAAUCGUUGUGGUAGGCGUUAUUUUUGUUUUCCAGUGUAACAACAGAAGACAAGGGCCAGGCAACAGAUCGUUUUAUUAUGAAAAUCAACACGUAUUUAUACAUAUUUCAACUACAUUAUUAUAGACAAGCGCAGUCAUCUGAUUGGUUGUUUAUCAGAAGUUAGGUAGACAAACGCAGGCUUCUGAUUGGUUGUUGACUCAGCCUUGUUGACAUUUUCUCACGGCCCAUAUUGAUGACCUUGACCUUAACGUAGAUUAGUGCCAACCAAUCGGCUAGCAGCCUGCUCUCACCACACCAGUUAUUCCAAGUUUUUCUUCUUCCUUCUGCCUGUUAAAUAUCGUCUACUUCCCCUCUAUAUUACAGGAUGAUUAUUGUAGUAUGCAGGUAACUUCAUGGUCUGAUUCACCUAAAUCCAAUGCUGUUCAAUUCAAAGAUGCAUUCGUCGACAGUGUAAAUUAUAUUACUGAAUUGAUUAAAAAGUCUUCAGAUAAUCGAUGAAGAGAAAUGCACAGUUACACAACAGUUCAUGUAUUUGCAUGUGUGGUUCAUCCCAUCGGCCUGGGAGGCGAGAGGGAGAGGGUUGACAGCGGUAGCAAUAUUCUUUGUAUAUAAAGAUAUGCCAUGAAUGAUUUUAAAUAGUUUAUUAUUUACUCUCUAGGUUUUAGUUUUUAUUAACUGCGAAUGUUUCGAUAUCAAUCUGGUUAUCAAAACCAAUGCAACUUUGUGUAAACUGAGAUUUCUCUUUCGUAAUCAACUGUUUCUGGAUUUCUAUUUUACUAGUAAACAAGUUGAUUGUCUUUCGCAUUUCGGUUUUUAGUUCUUUGAUAGAUAAUAAAUGACUGACAAUACAUUUUGUUAUGAUCUGAUGUGUUUAAACAUU